AUGGUAGAAAAUAUGAAAAAGUAUACAAAAGUUCCAAAUAUUUCAUUAAAAAAAGAAAUGAAAUAUAAAUCAAAAUUAUUUAUAUUAGCUCUUAUUUUUGCAAUAAUUUUUAUAUUGGUAUUAAAUUUAAGAAUAUCUAAUUUUUCUUCUGAAUCUAAUAUAGUAAAAAUAUCAUAUAACGAAAAAAUAAAUGAAAAAUGUUUUAUUCCAAAUUUUGAUUUAUGGGAUAAUUCUACAAGGCAAUUUAUUAAUAAAACAUACAAAUAUAAAAAAUGUGAAAAGAAAUAUAAAAAUGACUAUUAUACAUUAAAUAAUAGUUUGUUAGAAGUUAAUUCAAAUAUAUCAAAAGAUAUAAAAUGUUAUUAUUGCUGUAUUUAUCCUAAAGGUGAUGAUUCGGUAAAAAUAGGACACUGUAAUACAGCAGAAAAGCCAGUUUAUCUUGAUUGUGAUACAUUUUACUUCUAUUGUAAAAAUAUUGAGAAAAAAUUUAUUUUUCAAGAUAUUAAUUUUCAUAUUAGAUCUAUUAAUACUAGUUAUAAAAAAUCAUUUGAUUUUUUAAAAAAAAACUAUACUUUACCAGAAAAUCGAAAAAAAUAUAAUAUUUUAUUAUUUGUUAUUGAUUCAUUGUCUUUUUUUCAAGCAAAAAGAGGAUUAAGUAAAACAAGAAAGUUAUUUAAGGAUAAAUAUAAAAGUAUUGAAUUUUCUUUAUUAAACAGAGUAGCUGAUAAUAGUAGACCAAACGCUUAUGCUUUUUUAAUGAACAUAAAUAGUUUAAAUAUAAGUAAUAUUUAUGAGAAUAAUUCAACUAUCUUAAGUGAUUGGGGAAGAGAUGAUCCUUGUAAAUUUUUUCUUGAUAAUAAAGCAUAUAUUUUUGAUUUAUACAAAAAAAUGGGAUACAUAACAUUAAAUGCAGAAGAUUAUUGGUAUGGUGGUGUUUUUAAUUGGUGCAAUUGUAAAGGAUUUCAAAAUCAACAGGCGCAUCAUACAUUUAGAACAUUUCAGUUAGCAAAACAUGUCACAUCUCCAAGUAUUAUUGAAAAAGUAAAAACAGAAAAAUGUUAUGUAAAAGGAUUACAAAUAUUAGAAUACUUAAAAUUAUUUUCAGAAAAAUAUAAAGAUAUAUCACAUGCAUCUCUAAUUUGGGGAUCUGAAUUGAUGCAUAAUGAUAUUAAUGGUAUUUAUGAAGCUGAUGAUUAUUUAGAAAAAUAUUUUAAAGAAAAUAUUGACUUAUUUGAUAAUAAUUUUAUUUUAAUUAUGGGUGAUCAUGGAUAUAGAUUAGGAACAUAUCAAUUAACAAAUAUAGGUGAAUAUGAAGGAAAUAAUCCAUAUUUUAUGUUUUCUGUACCAAAAAUAUUAAGAAAUAAUAGCAAAUUAAUGAAAAACUUAAUAGAUAAUUCUAAUAAGCAUAUAUCACAUUUAGAUAUUUAUGCAACAUUACUUGACAUUUUAACAGAAUCAUCUAAAAAUAAUUUUAGUAAUUUUGAUGAAUUUGAUUUAUCACAAACAGUUAAUUUUAAUGUAAAAGGUAAAAGUGUUUUAAGAAAAUUACCAAUUAAUAAUAGAAGUUGUUAUGAAUUAAAUGUUCCUUUAGAAUUUUGCCUUUGUCAGUUUAAUUUUACAACACCAUCGUUUUUAUCCAAUGAAAUAGCAGAUAAUCUUAAAAAGGCUUUUGUUAAUGAAAUUAAUAAUCAUAUUAGAGAUAAUAAUUUAACUAAUAUAUGUUCAGAAAGAUAUUUAAAUAAUAAUUAUGAGUUUUCAAUAAGUUUAGCUUACCUAAAUAAUGAAGAAAUUGUUUAUAAAGUUAAAGGAAAUGUUUCACCAGGUAAUGGUUUUUUUAGUGGCAUUUUCAAUAGCAAAUAUAAAUUACUUAAUGGAGAAUUAUUAAGAUUAAACCGUUAUGGUAUUGAAUCAGAAAAAUGUUUAUAUGAACAAAGAAGUAGCAAAUAUUGUUAUUGCAAAAAAAAUAAUAAUAAAUGA